AAAAAACAAGUAUGGAGUGAUAGUAGCUCUCGGAGGACUGUGAAAUGAACCUCGAAUAGAUUUGGCGAUGAAGACUGAUCUGCAGUAGCCGGAUAGUUCAACUUUGGAUGGAGUGUGCUCCUUUAUCGCUUGCAGUCCAAACAGAUCACAGAAGCACUGAGGGGGAUCGGAAUUUACCGGUGACAAGUCUGGGAAGGAAGAAAAAAAAAAGCAAAAGAGCAGCAUUUUAUUUUAAAAAAAGGACUGUUUGUUUUAAAUCACAAGAAAGGAACUCGAGAUUCAAAGCGUGAAGUCGAUGAGAAGGAUCUUCUACGAAGAGACAACCCCCAACUUAUCCCCUUUGAGUUCUGCUGUAACUUUGAAGAACAGCUCCAACCAUGGCGAAAAAGUAUGAUUUCCUCUUCAAAUUGUUACUCAUCGGGGACAGCGGAGUGGGAAAAACAUGUCUGAUCAUUCGUUUUGCUGAGGACAAUUUCAACUCCACGUACAUUUCAACCAUCGGCAUCGACUUUAAAGUAAAAACCAUUGAAGUGGAUGGAAAGAAAGUGAAACUACAAGUCUGGGACACAGCAGGGCAGGAGAGGUUCAAGACCAUUACGACAGCCUACUACAGAGGAGCCAUGGGCAUCAUCCUGGUCUAUGACAUCACAGACGAGAAGUCCUUCGAAAACAUUCAGAACUGGAUGAAGAGCAUCAAAGAAAAUGCAUCCGCUGGGGUCAGUCGGAUGCUGCUAGGUAACAAGUGCGACAUUGAGGCAAAGCGGAAAGUCUCCAAGGAGACAGGAGAAAAGUUGGCCAAAGAUCACGGCAUCAGGUUCUUUGAGACCAGCGCAAAGUCCAGCAUUAACGUUGAGGAGUCUUUUCUGGCUUUGGCACGCGACAUACUACAGAAAUCCAGCAAGAAACCAGGCCUCACGGGUCGAGAGGUGAAAAUCACCAGCAGUACAGAGAAAAAAUCCUCCAAGUGUGUUCUUCUCUAGAUAUGACGCCGGCCGGCACACAGAAGAAAGCGCCAUACAAAUUUAAGAAUGCAUCGGUAUUACUGGAGGAAUGCAGUACAACACGUUUUCUGUCACCAUCUGGUGGGCCUAGAUGUCAAAUACAUGCAGGUGCAAAAAGUGUUUUUAUACCUUAAAAAUCGAUACUCCCUUUACAAGUGUUCUUAAUUUUGUUCAUCCAGAAUUUGCCAGAAAAAUGAUUUAUUGAAUACUCCCUCGAGAGAGUGCCUGUAUUUCACAUUGAACCUAUUAUAUGCGCCAUCUACUGCGAUGGUGUUAAUGUCAUGAGGAGCUGGUGAAGUGGAGUCUUUGGAGUGGAGAGGAUGAUCCUAAACAGAGCCCUGAUAGAAAUUCAAAAACCAGUCCCCACCAUGUUUAGUACAGCCAUACAUUUCUAUUGCCACCCUGUAUUACUCUGGCUUAUCACCACAUUAUGAACCCUACAACAGCACUGUUUAAUUUCUUGGAAGAACUUCAGUUUUGUUUUAAAAAUCUCUUCUGGACUGGCUGGAGCACAUGCAGUAGAAGCUUUUAGGAGCUCAGUGGCAGAGGAAGAGUUUGUUAUUAAAGUCACUUUUACAUACACACAGUACACACAGUAGGCCCCUGGUUGUAGUCUUUGACCCACAAAGUCAUUUCUGUUCAUCUUAAAUUCAAGGAGCCAUGGGCAUCUCAAUGAUUCUAUUAGAUGGAAAUGAGAUGGAAAUGCUAACAUGACUGAACAAUAAGUCAUAAAAUGCCUGUGGUUAGCAAUGCACUUUCACUUUUGUCAGUUCACUGUUUCAAAUUCAAUGAUGUGUAUAAUAUUACAACAGCACAGAUGAGUAGAUAUCCCAUUCCCGCAGUGCCAUAUGAGAGACGUUGGACACAUUUUGCUUCUCAGCGUUUUUAGUGGCACCUAAAUAUAUGGCAGAGAUGUCAUAAACUGAACAUCGAGCUUUAAAUGUUGGCUGAAUUUACAUUUACACUCCUUUAUGGUUAUUUUGUGCGUAUCCCUUGAGAAUCGAUGUGAUGCUCUAAUAGUGCACAGCAUUAUAAUGCGUUCCACAGAAUCUACAGUACCACAGUACAGUACCAUUACAUAUUGCACACUGUGUCCACAACAUGGACAUUUUCCGGUUACAUCCACUGAGAAAUUAAAAACAUGCUCUGCGCUUUAAUGAAUUAAACACGUUGAUGUUGGUUGUGUGUUCAAGCUGAAACAAACACGGGUGGUGAACGAGCUUUGUUAUAAUAGAUGAAUGGAUUUGAGAACGUGGAAGAUAGGAGCUGAGAUAAGUGCAAUAUGAGAGGGUGCAAUAGGAGAGUGGAGAGAUAAAAGUAUGAUGGAUAAAGCAAGUGAAUGAACCGGAUGUGAGAGCCUGGAAAGCAGCAGUGCUCCCGUGUCCCUCAUUUUGAAUUGAUUUAGUGGGUCUUGCCUUUUAUCUGAAGUGCCUGGUAAAUCUCCUACUGAACACGACCACACAUUACCUACAUCAGACACGACAGUCUCCCUGUUCAGGCGAUUUUCAGAUCAUUCAAAAUGACUGUGAUUACAGGUGCUCAUCUGAUCCUGAUAGUUUUUGUUUUUUUCUGCCCAGACCUACUGUAUUUCCUGUAACAAGUUUCUUUCACAUUCUGUGUCUUUUUGGUCCUGCCACAAGACUUUGUUUACAGACAUGCCGCUUGCUGAAUAAAAAUGCAAAACUGUAA